UCUGAAACGUCAACAUGAUCGUGAUGGAAUCUGCUAAUCAAAUUGUGAAUUUUCAUUGAUUUUUUAAAAAUUUACGUCGAAAUUUGCGGAUAUUUUAAUAAAAAUUACUUUUGUGAACAGUGACACUAUAGGCUAUGUGGUUAAAAUAUGAAGUUUGCUGGUAUUUGCUCAAAUAAAUAAAGUGUAAUCAAAAGUUGUUGAUGGUGAUCAGCUUUUAGUGCGAUAAACUGGCAAAAUGUCUCUUCCUGGUAAUGGAAUCUUCGUCGUGCAGGGCGAGAUGGCAAUGCUCGUCACUGCCAUGCGACGGAGUACUCGCUGGGGCUCUCAUAGCUUUCCAAACGAAGAAUACGAUGUGCUCAUGCGAACCUUCCAAGAUCUCAAGACUAUCUUGAAUCAAGUGGAUGACUUGCGGCUCCUGGACCCCGCCACGUAUCUGAGCCCCUUCCUAGAAGUGAUUAGAAGCAAGGAGACCACUGGUCCAGUGACCAGCCUUGCACUUUCUGCGAUACACAAGUUUUUAUCUUAUGGACUGAUAGACCCGACGCACCCCAGCGUGCCCGCCACGGUGGAGGACAUAGCUGAUGCUGUGACACACGCACGGUUCGUCGGCACUGACCACUCUUCCGACGGAGUGGUUCUCAUGAAGAUAUUACAAGUCCUUCGAACUCUGAUGCUGAGCCCCGAAGGUGCUAUGCUGACAGAUGAGAGCGUCUGCGAGAUCAUGCUCAGCUGUUUCCGGAUAUGCUUCGAAACAAGACUCACUGAGUUGCUUCGGAGGAACGCGGAACAAUGUCUUCGAGAUAUGACGCAGUUGAUCUUCAUGCGGCUGCCGCAGUUCCCGCCGGAGGACAAUGCUUCAGCGAGCUUCUCGACCGUCGGCCUGUCGCUAAAGAAAAGAGAAAAGACCAGCAAGAAGAAGAGUUUGACUAGCAUUAACAGCGCUACAAGUACUUUGGAAAGGAAGUCGUCAAUUAGUGAACAGCCCACGACUCCCGCCGCGGAGUUGGAAGCUGAUGCUGAUGCAAGCAAAACUGACCUCAGACACAGUCAAGACAAACACCUUCUAAACGAAGCCGAGAUAACAAUAGAACCGGUCGACUCAGUAAAGAGUCCGGUCAAGAAACAUGGCCGCCAUUCGUCCAUGGACCUGGCGGCCAACGGGAACACGUCCAUCACGCAGCUGCUGGAGAAGUGCGUCAGCGCCGACAGUGCUGACGAAAAGGUGGAGCCCGCUGAAGAAGCGGAGAAGACUGACGAAGUUAAGGAGGUGGAGAAGGAAGUAAUCGAAGCUCCGGUCCCGGAGCCAGAGAGCAUAGAACCUACGACACCGGAACCAAUUACCGAAGACCUGAGCGACAAGCCAGCGGAGUACGUCAACCACCGCGGCAUCAGGUUCACGCCGCAGGAGGACGCCAACCUGCAGCCGUACGGGCUGGUCUGCGUCAGGGAGCUGUUCAGGUUCCUGAUCUCGCUGUGCAAUCCACUGGACAGUCAGAACACGUCUGGUAUGGUGCACCUAGGCCUGUCUCUAGUGGGCACAGCCCUAGAGGUGUCCGCUGACCAGCUGGCAAAGUACCCAUCCCUGUUAUACCUGGUCAAAGACCCGCUCUGCAGAAACCUAUUGAGUUUACUGAGCACGGAGAGGAUAUCAAUAUUCGCGCUCGAUCUCCAAGUAUCAUUCCUGCUCUUCGAAGCACUCCGUACCCAUCUUAAGUUUCAAAUGGAAGCUUUCUACAAGAAGAUCAUAGAAAUCAUAUCAGCUGACACGACGAAGGCUAUUUACGAGUUGAAAGAGAUCCACCAUCUUGCGCUCGAAAGCCUCGCACAGAUGUUCAGGAUACCAGGACUCUGUGCAGAAAUAUACCUCAACUAUGACUGUGACGUGUACUGUAUGGACAUAUUCGAAGAACUCACGAAACUACUGUCCAAAAACGUCGUCUCCUCAACAGCGUACAACAUCCAUUCCCUAUCUUUAGAAGCCUUAAUGACAAUAAUCGAAGCAAUCGAAAUGAGCUGCAACCAAAACAAAGAAGUGAAAGCCGAAAUAGAAAUACCGAAUGGGGAAGACGAGAAAGAGAGGGACGCUCGAGGCGGGCACGUGUCGCUGGAGCUGGGCGGGCUGGACGACGUGUCCGUGGUGAGCGACCACGUGACCCACGACAUCAGCCAGUACUUCGGCUGCGGGAGGACCGGCAGGCACAAGCCCUCCGCCGACCUGCCGUCCGAAGCCGAGCUCGACAACAUCAAGAACAUGAAAAAGUGGGUGACGCAAGGCACGGAGAUGUUCAACCAGAAGCCGGAGCGCGGCAUCGAGUUCCUGCAGGAGCACGGGGUGCUGACCACGCCGCUAGACCCGCACGAAGUUGCCAUCUUCCUCAGGGAAAACCCGGAUCUGGACAAGAAAAUGAUUGGUGAAUAUAUCUGCAAGCGCUCGUCUCGCGGUGAGGACGAGGACGGUGGACCCUCAGUCCUGGGCGCCUUCGCAGACAGCUUCGACUACGCCGGCUUGAGGAUAGACCAGGCUCUGCGACUGUACUUGGAGACAUUCAGACUUCCCGGAGAAGCACCACUCAUCUUCCUCGUUAUGGAGCGAUUCGCUGAACGGUGGCAUAGCACGAAUGGAGAGCCAUUCGCGAACACUGACGCGGCCUUCCGGCUGGCCUACUCCGUGAUCAUGCUGAACAUGGACCAGCACAACCACAACGCCAAGAAACUCAACGUACCCAUGACGGUUGAGGACUUUGUCAAGAACCUCAGGGGGCUGAAUGGCUCUGAGGACUUCGAUCAAAGUAUGCUUGAAGCUAUAUUCCAUUCUAUCAAGAACGAAGAAAUGGUGAUGCCAGCAGAACGUACCGGCCUCGUACGUGAAGCCUACCUGUGGCGCGUGCUGCAGCGGCGUGGCGCAGGUAACGGCGCCCGCUACCGCGCGGUGCCCGCCCACCACCAGCACCACGCCAGGCUGUUCACCGUCGCCUGCCCGCCCACCGUGACGGCACUAUCAGCUGCCUUCGAGCGCGCAUCACCACCUACCGUCGAGGAGUUGGAAACCAACAAGUCCCGGGAGACGGGAGCCUUGAUGGCGCUGAACGGACUCGAACGCUGUGCCUCCCUGAUCGCAAGACUGCCUCCCGACUGCAUAACCCUCGAUACACUACUGCUGACUCUGUGCAAGUUUACUGGGUUGCUAGCGCCGCAAUAUGCCAAUUAUAUCGCUAUAGGAGUAGCACUGGGUCAGUCCAGCAAGGCACAGUUGGCUCUACGCCGCGCAUGCGCAGUGGCGGCGCGACACGCGGACUGCGUGCGCGACUCGUGGCGCCAUCUGCUGGAGAUUGUAAAAACUCUGUAUAUUGGACGGCUUUUACCUAAGUGUCUAAUAGAAGCCGAGGACUACUUAGCCCCGAACGGCACUGUGUCUCUCAUACGGGAAGCCGCGCGUGGCUCGGAGGCCGGCCUGCUCUCCAGCAUCUACUCCUACAUAGCGCUCGGUGAAACAGGCAUGCGAGCCCCGACGCCUCAUGAGAAGACGCUGAUCGAUGCCGCGACGGAGUGCGUCGCGAAGUGCAACCUGCCCGGUCUGCUUAUUACUGAAACUAAAUUCUUGCAGCUAGAUAGUUUACAGGAGUUGGUCCGUGCCAUGGUAGUAGUUGGUACACCACCUGACACCGACAGUCUUCAGCUCAACCCUCAACUGGAAGACAUCACCAUAUUCUUUUUAGAGCUACUGGGACAGACUCUAAUACAGAACAGAGACCGGCUGCUGAGCGUGUGGGAGGACGCCAGUGCGCAGCUGCAGCGCGCGGUGUGGUGGGCGGGCCCCCGCGGGCCGGGCCCGCUGCGGCGCGCGCUGACGGCGCUGCUGCGCACGGCGGCGCGCCUCAUGCGCUGCGACGCCGCCGCGCCGCACGUGCUGCACCAUCUCACGCUGCUGUUCCAGCUGCCCUACAAGCUGUUCUACCAGCAGGCGGACGUCAUCUCGUGCGGCAUGUACGAGAUAGUGAAGACGUCCGCUCAGAACGUGCACAGUGCGCAGGAGUGGGACAUCGUGUUCGCGCUGCUGUGUGCCGCCGGCGCGGGCGCCUGGCCCAACGACGCGCAGCCCACUAGUCCAGCCGCCUCGAGCAGAUCUGAAGGUUCAGAAGACGAGAGCGACAGGAGACCGACCAGCGUCUCCUCCGAGAGUGAACUAUCACACUCGCCGCAGACACAGGGAUGGAUACUGGUGAAAAAUGAGUCAGGUCCGCAGGCCGGCUUCCCGGCCCCCGCGGCGCCGCUGCGGCUGCACCGCGCGGGCGCGCUGGCGCGCUGCUGCGAGGCGCUGGCGCUGGUGGUGCGCGACGUGGCGCACGUCACGCCCUACAACUGCCGCGCCGCCGUGCGCGCCGUCAGGCUGUUCGCCAGGGCCACGCUGCAUGAUGGCAAGAAAUCUAGCAAAUCUCGUUCCGGACGCAAGUCUCGGCCUAGCUCUGGCAGGAAGAACUACGAUGACUCCAGCGACGAGGAGGUGGAUACUCUAGAUCAGUAUCAUAUGGUCAGCAUACAGUUACUAGACCUGAUGCACACGCUACACAGCCGCACAGCACAGAUCUUCAAAUGGUGGCGAGACGAAGCCGACCAGGGACAAAGUGCUGAAGAAUACGACCUAUGGGAGGUAGCGUGGAAGCCACUACUGCAAGGUAUCGCACAAUUCUGCACGGACAGACGGAAACAGGUUGCAAACAGUGCUAUAGCAUAUCUCCAGCGGGCUCUCCUGGUGCCUGGUCUGUCUGCCAUGGGGGGCAGUGGCUGGGAGGCGUGCUUCGAGAGCGUUCUGUUCCCACUCCUGGAACAGCUGCCUCGCAGAGCUGAUACCACCGCCAGGGCCAAUACUAUCAUGUGCAAGGUGUUCCUGCAACACCUGUCGGCCCUGAGCUCGCGCGGCUCGUUCGGGCGCGUGUGGCUGCGCGUGGUGUCGCGCCAGCGCGCGCUGCUGGCCGCGCCGCCCGACGACCCGCUCACCGAGGCCGCGCUCGAGUCGCUCAAGAACAUGAUCCUAGUCAUGGACUCCGUCAGGAUAUUCAGCAACGGCGACGGCUACAAUGAAUUAUGGUACCAGACAUGGGAAAAGAUCAACGAGUUCCUGCCUAACUUGAAAGAAGAACUGUUUCCACAAGUGAAAGACACAGCCCCGCCGCCCAGCAGCCUGGCCAGCGUGCAGGGUCCCUCUCCGUCGCUGCCGGCCCUAGUACCCGUGUCCGCGGCCAGUACGCCCACACUACUACCCGUCUCCCCACCACUCCCACAGCCCACAGCACUCCCACCCAACGUGGCCAACGUGCCCAACGUACCCAACCCCCACUCCCCAAUUAACAUCGUACAAACACCGCCCUUGGUCGCCAACACGCCAACGUUGGUGGCCCCUACGCCAAUCAGUGGGAUGGUACCCAUUAGGAACCCUUUAUACGAUCAGGCUGGAUUAACAUCCUCUGUGCUACUGCAGCCUUUGAAUGAGAUGAUUUCGACCCCUAUUGGCAUGUCGAUACAGUCGCAGAUGCCGAUCCUAUACCCGCAGAGCGCUGACACGCAGACCGCCGUACCCAGACCAGACCCAUCCCGGCCAGACCUCAUGCAGAACGUCGCCUACCCCACGCCGUACCCAAUCAACCUCGUCCAACCAGACCCCACACAAACGCCAUACAUUUACAACGAGGCCCCCGAAAAUAAAGUCGCACACAGCGAGCUAUACGCCGACUACCUAACCAACCCGUACAGUGAAAUCAAAGAUGUAACGAAAGAAGCAACCCUAUACGAUCCCGAGGACCCCAAGAACCCCGAGCAAAAUCCUCUACUAGCCGUCCUAGAUAAGAAAUCCUUCAGUGCAAAUACAACACCUAUGCACAGUACGAAUAAGGCUCAAUUUGGAUCGAGUGACAACGUGAGGCAGGAUUCAGGAAUGUUCAACUUUUCGAGUUACUUUGGGUCUGUGAGUGAGGCGAUAGGGCCCGGGUCUGAGGUGUUUGACACCCUGAUGUCGACACAGGAGGGAUAGCUGAGCGACCGCGACCGGGGCACGUGGUUGUAAACGAAAUUGAGAAAGGCCAGAAGUUUCCAACAAUAUCAACUUGUAAAUAUAAAUUUCGCCGGAAUUUCAAUUUGUAUACAAAAGAGUAUACGAACAGGCAGUUUAAAAGUCCUGAUAACAUAUAUUUGCAGUCACUAAAUACAACAUUUCUGGUCUAAUCAUACAAUCUAGUUAGAAAAUACACUUAAUGUUAUAAUAUAGUUUAAUUAAAUUAUAUAUUUAAAUGUACAUGGGAUUAUUAGCCUUACCACCUUUAAAAUAAAGUCCUAUAUCAUAAGGGCAAUCACCAUUAUUUAUGUAUUCUUAGCUUGGUAUUUAAGAAAUUAUUUUAAUCAAUUUUUAAAUUAUUUUCAAGUGAUAUUUCUUCGCAUCGGCCUAAUAACAACUGGGAAUUAUAAUUUAUUUUAGAAAUAUUGUUUUAUGUAUCACAUUCCAGGCCAAUAUAUUUUUGUAUUUAUUUAAAACUUGUAAUCACUUCGUGACGAACUUUGAGGAACUGGAGAAAACUUAUGCAGUUUUCACUUCAUUACAUUACUUUCUUUAAAAAAAGUUCUGACAGACAUUGGACUAUUGAAAGCCAACCGACACAACUUUUGUAUUGUUUCUUCUGCUGAUAAUAUUCAUCUUCUUUAAUAUUCCUUAAUAUGUCAGUACUUACAUCGUAAUAAUAAUAUGUACUUACGUACUGUGCUGUUGUUUAAAAUUUCCUUACCAUUAUAUACCUCUCCCAUAGUUCGUUGCGAAGUCAUUUUAGUCCGUCCAGGCAAGUGGCAUUCGUACAGCCGAUAACUCUGAUAAUGAUCCUCACUAUGAAAGUAAAGGCCAAAAGCCAAGUUUAAAAAAGGACACACAGCAAAAUAUCCCACUUAGGUUGAUAUGUACUAACAAAAACCCCACUUAUCUAAGUGUUUUUGCAAACAGCUGUGAGUCACGUGAUCUAAGUUCUUGAUAGCGCCAUCUAUCGGUAACAUUCGUAAAUGUCACUUGUCUAGGAGGUUUUAACUACAUGUUCAUAUACGCUAAGUUAUUUAGUCCUUUCAAUGUUUAUAUUUAGAUGAAAUCGUAAGGUUUUGGACCGGAGGGAUCAUGUAAAUUGUAAUUAUCUGUUUCGUUUUGUAUAGAGAGUCAUAUAUAACUAAUAUUGUAUCAAUGUAAUAUAAUGUUUAACAAUUUAUUAUUAAAAUGUUUAUAACAUA